UGUGUGAGAGAGAGAGAGAGAGAGGGCGAGAACGCGGAGAGAAAUUCGGAUCGCAAUUUGGUGGAGGGGGAAGGAUCGAACUUGAGCGCUUCGAUCGGGACCCCAGGCCUCAGCGCAGAGCCAUGUCGGCCGGGGUCUGCGGGAAGCGUCUUGGGUUCGAGGAAUUCUUCGGAUCCUCGCCGGCAGCCAAGAAGUCUCGCUGCUUCUACGGAUCCCCCAUCUCUUCCUCUGAUUUUGGAUUCGCCUCCGACGACAAGGUCUCCAGCCUUCUCAGGAUGUUCCCUUCCAUCAAUCGCGAGGUUGUUGAAACAAUUUUGAAAUCGCACGAAGACAAAGUUGAUGAUGCAAUUAAAAGUCUCCAUGCUCUUUGUCUUGUUGAUGGCUCCACAAUGAAUGGAGCAGGGGUCCUUGAACCGACAUUCCAUUCAAAUGAUGAUAGCAUCAAAGGUGUUCUUGGUGCUCAGACAUCAGAGGUUAAGGUUGAAGCUGCUUCGAAUAACAGUUUACUGCAUGACAGGUCUUCAUGGGUCGAGUUUUUUGUUCAAGAAAUGAUGAAUACAUCAAAUUGGGAUGAGGUCCGUGGCCGGAUUUCAAGGGUUUUGGAAGCUUUUGAAAGAAGUGUUCUUGAACAACCUACUUCAUCAGAAGAUGCUAUUCACAGGGAACAGCAAGAGAUUGCUUCUCUUAAAGAGCAGCUGGCUUGCUUGUUGAGGGACAACCAAAUCUUAAAGAAAGCUGUUGCUAUUCAGCAUGAGCGUAACUUGGAGAAUGAUGAGAGGCUAAAAGAAGUGCAACAGUUGAAACACAUUAUUAGCCAAUAUGAAGAGCAAGUUCGGACAUUGGAGCUGCAUAACUACACAUUGAGAGUUCACCUUCAAAGAGCACAGGAAGACACCUCCAUUCCAAGUCAGUUCCAUCCUGACAUAUUCUAAGUGUGAGAUUUCCAUUCACCAGCUUGAAUGCAAUACAUGCGAAGGUCUGAUACAAUCAAUGGAAUGAGCAUGGAAAUCCAGUGAUGAUUUAGGAGCCUUUGCGCCAUUUUUCAUCAAGUCACAUGCUUGCCUAAAAGAGUUUGAUAUACUACAGCUGAGUUUAUCAAAGGCUGCUUCUCUAAUUGUUGUUCUUGUUGUGCCAACAUUGUAUUAAGGCAUAUUAUGUGUAGUGUUUUUUAAACUAUUACUGUAAUGGCUUGACUAUUUUG